AUGCAAAAUUCAACCUCUUCAUCUACUUCAUCACUCGGAGGAAGUAGCAAUGGUAGCACAAAGCCUAAAGUUAAACCACUUCCAACAGCUCCACUCACCUCCAAUCAUCACCAACAACAACAACAACAAUAUUCAAAAUCACCAAAUACAACAACUUUUUAUCCUCCUCCAUCAUCUUCAUCAUCUUCAUCAUUAGCCUCUCAUUCAUCCAAUAAUACAAAUCAUACAAAUCAUCAUCAUACAAAUAAUAAUCAAUAUGAAUCUAAUCUAACAGAUCAAGAUCAACAAACAUUAACCAAUACAAUUAUUAAAGAAUAUUUAACAGCACAAGAUGUAAUUGAUACAUUUAAAUUAGAUGAACAAUAUCCAUCAUUAAAAACAAGUGAAUUAUCUUAUUUUUAUGAUUUACUAGAUGAUGAAUUUGAUGAUUAUGGUGAAAAUUUAUCAAUUUUUGAAAAAUUUUAUUACCAUAAUUCAACUAUUCAAAAUUUAGAUCAUUUUAAUAAUAAUUUAUCUAAUAAUAAUAAUAAUUUAUUAAAUAAUAAUAAUUUAUCUAAUAAUAAUAAUUCUAAUAAUUUAAAUAAUUUAUCUAAUAAUAAUUUAAAUAAUAAUAAUUUAAUUAAUUCAAAUUUUAAUAUUGAAAAUAAUGAUGAUUUAAUUCAAUUAAUUAAUGAAAAAUGUUAA